AUGGAAUUUUUAAACCGAAGAGAUUAACAACAGCAACAAGAAGAGUAAAAUAAUCUUCAAAACCAAGCAUAGAUUCAUUAAUUUUUAAUAACAUUAACAAAUAAAGUGUAGCAUGUGAUUCUCAAUUUUUUACAACUUCAAGAAAAACUACUCGUCCUUAAACUGCUCUUUAAUUGCCUAAUAAAGAUACAUUAUUUGAAUUACCAUUAUGUUCAAAUGAUGAAGAAAUAAAGGAGCCUAAAAAUAAAGAUGUAUAUUUUCAUACAAAGAUGAAAUUAUUUGCCAAAAAAUAUUCAACUACAAUGCCAACUCACAUGAGUACAUAAUAAUCUAUUAUUAAAUCCUAACCAUUAAUUUAAUCUGCUACCAAAAGAACUACUAAAACUAAUAAUUCGGUUGCUAAGCCUGUGAAUAAAUAAACAACAAUCGAAGUUGUAAAUUAAUACUAAGUACUCCAACCAACAACUAUGAAUAUCAAUUAAUUGUUCUCUUAAAUUUAAUAGAUAAGAUAAGAGCCUCAGUAUAUGCAAUGCAAUUUAGAUAAUGUUAGUAAAACCCAAAAAAUUUUGCAAAUAAAUCCUGAAGAAGUUAAAGCACUCUAUGAAGAAUUAGCACAUUUGGAUGUCAAAUUCAUGAAAAUGACUGCUGACACUGAGGCUUUCAUACAUAAUCUAUAUGCUGAUAAAAAUAAAUUCUUGAAAAUAAAAGAUAAUGUAUUAACAGAACAUUAAUUAAUAUUUCUAACUGAUUAACUAAAGAUUAAAAGAGAAUUGCUUGAAUAAGGUUAACCAUUUGAUAGUAUAAAUUUUGAUGAAAUUGACAAAAUUGUAUAGAAACUCAUUUUUUUUGAAAGAUUUACUAAAUCAACAAGGAUUAAUCUUGUCAAAUUAGGUUAGUAUAUAGAAGUCCCUCCAGGCGAAUAUGUAUUUCAUUAAGGCGAUUUUGGAGAUAAUUUAUUUGUUAUUUUGUCAGGAAGCGUUGUAGUGAAAAUUGAGAAAAAAUUUACACAAAAUGGACCUGUAAUUGAAUAAGUAGUUUCAUCCCUUUAUGAUGGUUAACAUUUCGGAGAGUUAGCCAUGAUGGAAACUACAUAAAAAGGUUCAGAGGAGGUUCUUGAAGAAAAAUUAGAAAAUAUUAAUGUAAGGUCACUUAAAGAAGUGAAAGAUUAGCUCAUUUAACAAUAACUUCAAGAUCUAGGACAAUAAGAUGAAGCGUUAUAAAAAUAAAAGAUUAAAGAAUUACAGAGGCAGAACACAAAUAUUAUUAAUUUGGUUAAAGAAGAUACUGUUAAAGAAAAACAUUAUAUUAUGAAUUUAGCUAAUGAUGAUGAUGAAUUAGUGCAAUCUUCUGGCUUAACAAAAUCAAACAAUAUUUAAUAUAAAAAGGUAGAUAAAGCUUAAUAAAGAAAAGCUUCAAUAUAAGCCAGCGAAACUUGUCAUUUGUUAGCCAUUAGCAGAGAAAAUUUCAAAAAUAUCCUUAUGGUCUUAAUGCAAGAUGAAUUAGAGCAGAAAAUCAAAAUGCUUAAAUCUUUGAGGUUCUUUAAAUAAAUUCAGCCAUUUGUAUUAAUACCUUUAGCAAAUUAGCUAAUCCCUUAAAGAUUUCAUCUCGAUGAAGUUUUAGUUAAGGAAGGAGAUCUCUUAGAAUUUAUGUACAUUUUAUAUAAAGGAUCUUGUAAUGUUAUUAGAACUAUAAAUACAGAGAGAAUCAAAAUACCAGAGCAUCUUCGGAAAAAGUAAAACAGAAAAUCCUAUAGAUAUUAUUAAGAACAUCCAAUAACAAUAACUCAUAAUACACCUGAAGAUUAUUUGUCUUGCUUAACACAAGAUGGAGAUAUUACAUAUAAAGUUCCUGAUUAUGCUGUCUGUAAUAGCAAUAAUGGAUAUAUCCAAUAUAAAAAGAGUUAUGUAUAUAAAAAAUUGUUUCCUGGAGAUAUUAUUUUUGGGAGAGUUUUAACAGGAUUGAGACUUGAGGGUGAUAAAGGUAUAGACAGAGCAAGAAUGACUAUUGUUAGUUCAUCUAGUACUACAAUAGUCUAUAAAAUUAGUCUAAAGCUAAUAUAAUUUUGUCCGGAAUUUUUAAUAGAACAUCUUACUAAUCAACUCUUAAUUUACAAAGAAGUUGAUCUCCUUGAAUAGUCUGCAUUAAAUUAAGAAAUCAAACAAAUCUAUUCCAAUAAUUAAAAAAUAGUUAAGGAUUAGGCUUAAUUACUUUCAGAAAUUGAAGAAAAAUAAAGAAAGAUAGAUUUGUAAGAGUAUUAUAAGAGAAAUAAAUUAAGAAAGCCUUAAAAUGAGAAAAAAUAGGAUCUACGAAAUUCAGAAUGGGAACAAUUUAAAGAAAAAGUUGUGAUACAACAAUUGUUGUACAACAAAGUCCAAAACUGA